AUGGAAGAUUCGACAGCCGAAAGUUCGACGUGCAUGAGCCCCGUGGCCUCGAAGACGCAAUUAGAUUGGUCAGAAUGCCCGACGAAGAAGAAAUCUGCCAAGAAACAGAAGUGCGGGAGAAAGUCCAAGAAGAGCGAUGAAUUGAUCCAGUACAAGCUGAGUUUGAUUGAGGCUAGCAACAACCCUGGUCAGCAUGGUUUCACGCUGAUGAUGAUUGCAGAGGAAAUUGAGGAGGGUUACGCGGUCAACUGCAGUCCCUCGCAGAUCAAGGCAGUCAUUUCCUGCAUUAAACAUGUCAUGAAAGACACGUGUGCCCUGGCAUGCGGUGCGAUGAUUUUGCAAGUCGCCAUCGAGGAGGACGUGGCAAACUUGGAUAUCGUGAGGGAGGAGGGCGCCAUCGACUUGAUGGUGGAAUGUAUGAAGUUCCAUGCAGGAGACGCGGAUGUGCAGAGUUCCUGUUGCAUUGCUCUCGCUUCGUACAUAGAACUGGCUAUUGGUGACUACCUAGCACCUGUGCCUUACCAGCCCAAGAGCGCAGCCAGGGCUCGGCAGGCCGGGGGAGCUGAGGCAGUUGUGACAGCGAUGAAAAGAUUCCCGAAGAAGCGCGAGCUUCAAGAAUGCGCGUGCGCUGCUCUGAGGAGCAUAGGAGGAGAUCAAGAAGCCGGUGUGGAGAGGGUCAGGAAUGCGGGUGGUAUCGAGGUAGCCAUUGCUGCGUUGCGGAAUCACGGCAAGAACUUGAAAGUUGCGGAGCAAGCAUUCUCCUUGUUGUUCUCCCUCUGGGGAGAGGGAGAGAUGCAGACCUGUAGGAUGUUUGGGGAGGCUGGCGCGAUCGAGGCAAUCAUGGAUACCAUGUUGAUGCACAAGAUGCGAGGGGAGUUGCAGCUGAAGGGGAGCAUCUUGUUGACUGUAGCAUCCUCCACUUUGCAGAACUGUGCGAGGCUUCAAAAGCACGGAGGAGUCGAAUUUGUCAUGCUGACCAUGCGGAACCACCACGACAUGUGGGCGCUUCAGGAGGUGAGCUGCAAGACGUUUGCGAACUUGGCUCUGUUGGGCAUGCCGACCCAGGAUGCCAUCAGAACAGUGGGUGGCAUCGAUGCUAUCGAAUCGGCCAUGAAGACCUACGGGAAAGUGGCUAGAGUUCAGGAAGAAGGAUGCCGAGCACUGCACUGUCUUGCAAACUCCAACCCCGUCAACACAGAUAGGAUCUUGGAACUCGACGGAAUCCCAAAGAUCAUAGGUACCAUGAAGGUGCACCGCAAAAAUGUGACUGUGCAGAUGCACGGCAUCAAAGCUCUCAACGUGCUGAUUGGCGUCAACAAGGCUUCCCAACUCUUGGCUUCAGAAGCCGACAGCAUCAAGGAGAGAGUCCGGCCCGAGGGCAUCAAGGCGGUCAUCACUGCGAUGAGGUUGCACAAGGAGGAGGCGGACUUUCAGAGGAAGGGCUCCGUAGCGCUCGAGUCGAUGGCGCGAGGCAACGAGGAGAACAGGAAGAAGAUCGACGGGCUGCUGGCUGACGCUUAA